CUGCGGAUUAAAGCAGCAGGGGGAAGGAGUGGCAGAACAGCAGGUGCUGGUGGAUGCUUGGCAGAAGUGCACUGGGAGGGUCUGGCAAGGGAGAAGCCCCUGACUCGGGUGGUUGGAAAGAUUCUGCAUCCUGUGGAGUUUCUUGCAUGAGUCUGGUGGAAAAGCAAGACCCUUUUUAAUAUACCCUUUUUGCUUUAUGGAUAGAAAAUAUAUAUGGAUCAUUACAUAAAAGGCUGAGCUUUCUCUGGUAAAAAAAUUCUCUGUGAUGGCACCUGCCCCCCUCUCCCCGCCUGCAGCCUUAAACUGCAAAUAGAAGCAGGCUGGGCGGUCACUCCUCCUCAGCCAGAGGGCAUCUGGUGUAACGGGGACGCUUGUGGGCCAGGCUUGAAAAUCAGAAUUAACCCAUUGAUGCCGGAGGUGGAGAGGCAGCCCCAGAGUGCAGCAGCGCCCCCUGCAGCUGCCCCCAAUCCGGGGGAAGCAGAGUGGGGUUCUGUGCCCCAUGACUGUCUCUGAGAGACCCUCACGGAGGUUGCAGUGACUCAGCUCUGGCAGAUGCAACCCUCUGCAGCUGGGCACCUGGCCAUCAUGGCGGCCACUUCUGAAAGUCAAGAGGGGAACCAAAACCUCCACACAAAUGGCUUAAUCUCAUCUAAGGGCCCACCUGGGUUUAGCAGCGCUGCAGCCUUCUCAGAGGGGCCUCCAGCAGCCUGUGUGAGAGGGCUGCUCCCCCAGAAAAGCUGUGCAGCCUGCUUAUCCUCUGCUCAAAGCAAAGCAGGGAAGGGAGGGGAGGGGGGAGGCUGCUUGUCCCAGACCCUGAAAGGCUGGGACAGCAUGAGCCCAUCCAGAAAGUUUGGGGAAGGACACCUGCCUCGCCCUGCCAGGGGAGGAGCUUGUGUGGGACUUGCUGGUUUGACCAUUCCUGGGCAGGUCUCGCAGCACCAAAGGGAGGACUCUCCAGUUGGAGCUUUGCAUCCAAAGCCCCUGGAAAACAGCCAUGCAGCUCCUUGCCCCCUGCCCUUCACCCUCGCCCCUCUGGCCAGCUGGACCACAGUCCUUCUCCACCCCCCUGGGCCAGCCCUGAUCCACUGCCAAUCCACUGCUGGACUGCCUCCAACCCCUCCCCACCUUGCUGCUUUCGGGGCUGGGAGAUUUGCCUCCCUCCAAGUACUGGGGGGGGCCUCCUCAGCCUGGCUUGGCAUUAACCCCUCCAGUUCCUCCAGCUUGCUUGGUCCUCUCCCUCCUGCCUUUGGAUCAGUCGAAUUUUGGGGGUUCCUCCUUCCCAAGUCCCUUGGGGGCAGGAGCCAUCAGGGUUCUGUGUGGUCCCAGGGGCUGGAGGUUUGUAUGGGCAACCUGGAUGCUGAAGCGGUUUCCUGCAUGUGGGGAGAGGCUGUUCCCAGGACGCCUGGAGCCCAGUGCAGAUCCGUUUCUGGGCUGGGGGCCUCUUACGCUCCUUUCCUUUCGCCUUUGCAGUUGGCAGGGCCAGCCCAGGGCAAGGCCCAGCCCAGGAUGAGUUCCUCCUCGCUGCUGGGGGAGAGCUCCCUCGAGCCCCCGGUGCUGCUGAGUGACAUCAAGACGGAGCCCCCCGAAGAGCUGCUGGCGACCGACUGCAACCAGCCUCAGGCCGAGCCGGUGGACCUGUCCCUGCAUAAGCCCAAAGGCUCCCUGCAGCCUCCCACCAUCCGCUCAACGCCCCUGCCAGCUGCACUGCCGGCCCCCGUGGUGUCCAUGUCCCCUGCUGGGCUGGGCUCCUCAGCCAUCCCCGCUGUACUCUCCCCUGGCUCCAUCCUGGCAUCCACGCAGGGCAGUGGCGGGCAGCAGAUUCUGCACGUCAUCCACACCAUCCCUUCGGUCAACCUGCCCAGCAAGAUGGGUAACCUCCAGACCAUCCCAGUGGUGGUGCAGUCCCUGCCUGUGGUCUACACUACCAUGCCCAGCGACGGCGUCACUGCUGCCAUCACGGUGCCCCUGAUCGGGGGAGACGGCAAGAACGCUGGAUCUGUGAAAGUCGACCCCAGUUCCAUGUGCCCCGUGGAGAUCCAGAGCGACAGUGAGGACAGCGCCUCGGAGAGCGGGCCGGCCUCCUUCCCUGACCCACAGAAAGAGCUGUUGGGGGGCAGACCACCCCGGACGGAGUCACCAGACCUGAAGAAGAGGCGGACCCACCAAUGCGACUUCGAGGGGUGCAACAAAGUUUACACCAAGAGCUCCCACUUGAAAGCACACCGGAGGAUACACACUGGAGAGAAACCCUACAGGUGCACCUGGGAGGGCUGCACCUGGAAGUUUGCUCGCUCUGAUGAGCUGACCAGGCAUUUCCGCAAGCACACGGGCAUCAAGCCCUUCCGCUGCUCGGACUGCGACCGCAGCUUCUCACGUUCCGACCACCUGGCUCUGCACCGCCGGAGGCACAUCAUGAUGUGAGCAGGGCAGUGGUGCGCAGCCUGCAUCCCAUCAGCCCCUGAAGCAGCUCCCCUUGGUGAGCGGGGCCUCGGCAACCAGGCAGGAGCCACCAACCCAGCGGUUUGCACAGAAAGAGCCUUAGUGCCGUCUGCGCGUCCCCAAAGAUUGGUCUUCGGUCUCCAUGGCUGGGCAGCUUCAGGGUCUUGGGAGAAUCCAGAGCUCCAGAGCCAAGCAAGGGACACUGGUGGGUUGCUGGAAGAGACGGGUCGUCGUGCAGAGGGGCUCCUGCAGUUGGACUCAGGCCAGGAAACUGCCAAAAGGGGGCUCCUUGGGGGAGCUUGUGUCAUGCCCAAGCACGGGGACCUUCUCUACGUGGCCGGGUGGUUCCCAGGUCUCGGCCUACACUUCUUGCUCACAGCACAAGAACAGAAAUCCCAGGAAGUAACCUGUGUGCUGGACAGGGAGGUGGGCUUGGGGUUGAUUGCUUUUAACUACACUUUUAUGAGCACUGAAACAAAGUCUGUGUCUGAAUUCUGGUUUGGAAUCCUCUCCCCCCAAGACCCCCCAGGCGGGACUAAUUUGCUUCUGGACGGGCCAGGCGGGAUGGAUGGAUUGCGCACAGCCCUCCCUUUGCAUCGUCCCCUUCCCGCUCAGGACUGCAGCUCUCCUCUCAAGAGACACUUUGAAUCCAAGAUCAACUUUUUUUGAAUUUUAAAACUUUAUUGCAUUUGGGGAAAGGGAAAGGGAGGGGCGCCACUCUGAUCAAAGCGUGGCACAGCUGAGCCCCUCCUGUCCACCAGAGCCCUACUCGGAAGAGAACCUGGCUUGGUGGGGAAGGGGGCAGAGGGGCUAGGCAGAGGAAGAAGUUGGGGAAUGCAGAACUGUGACACCCCCUCAAAUGAGGGCGGUGGUGGUUCCUAACAGUAAUUCUGCCACAAAGUCAGGAAGGGCAGAUAAAUUUUGAACCUGCUACCUGCAA